UCAUCUCUACCAUGUGUUAAAUGCUCAACCAACUGAUAUUUAAAACAUUUUCAACCCCAAUGACCGCGGAAAUGGGUUUUCACAAAUAUUAUCUAGAACUAAUUACAAAGUAGACGAGAAACACAAAUGUACGCAUAAUGCAAUCUUUGCGUCAAACGCUGCAAACACUUCUUUCAAAAUUCAAUCCUAAACGCCAGGUAGAGGCCACCAGAACCCUAAGGAAACUGCGUGAAUGGCAUGCAGGCGCGUUCAGCAGCAAGUUUCUGCUAUUUACAAAUGUAGGAAUCUCCCUGUCUCUCAGCUCGGCCGGAGAUGUUUUGGAACAGCAAUUUGAGAUCUACAAUGGCGAAAUUAAGACUUUCGACAACACCCGUACAUGUCACAUGGCUACAUCAGGCGUGAGUGUUGGUAUUAUUUGUCACUAUUGGUAUCAAAUUCUUGACAAGAAAUUACCUGGACGCACCAUGCGGGUAGUGGCCAAAAAGAUUAUUCUUGACCAGUUGAUUUGUUCGCCCGUUUACAUAACCGCAUUCUUUGUUACGCUUGGAAUAUUGGAACAAAAAGAUAGAGCUGAAGUAGUUAAGGAAAUAAAAGAAAAAGCAUGGAAGUUGUACGCUGCCGAAUGGACAGUGUGGCCAGUGGCGCAAUUUGUUAACUUUUACUGGAUAUCGCCACAAUAUCGCAUAUUUUACGACAACAUCAUUAGUCUUGGCUAUGAUGUUUAUACGUCAAGGGUGAAGCACAACGAGUCCAACUUAUUAUGACAGUGCAAUCAGCUUAAAAUGUAUUUUACAACUGUAAAUAUCUAAUGAGUACGAUAUAUUUUGAGCAAAUGGGCAUUAAACGUCUGAAAACUUGUAA